AUGAAGAAACUUAAGACCGCAGUCAGGAAGUGGCGGAGGAUGCGCCUCUUCCGGAAAAGAGACGAUCUAUCGGCUGCUCGGCAAUUAUCGGCUGACCAAGGCCCAUCGACGUCUGGCACCCCAGCGCACAUCCCUCGCCACGUGCCCACUGACCUCCAGUUGGAACCUGAUGAGGGACAAAAACUAAGGGAACAACAUCUCAGACAAUUCGCGUUCUUCCAACUUAGGAUACACUUGAAAAGGGGUCAGAACCUAGUGGCCAUGGACAAGAAUGGUUUGUUGUCAGGCACCAGUGACCCCUACGUGAAAUUCAAGGCUGGGGGUCGCCUUCUGCACAAAUCGAGGAUUGUGUACCGGGACCUGAAUCCGGUCUGGGACGAGUGUUUUACCGUACCAAUCGAGGACCCAUUCGUACCGGUACAGCUGAAGGUGUUCGACUACGAUUGGGGUCUGCAAGAUGACUUCAUGGGCUCCUGUUAUCUCGACCUCACGGCGUUGGAGCUGGGCCGCACCCAAGACCUUGUUCUGUGCCUCCGAGACCCCAACAAGCCCAGUCUAGACAUGGGGGAGAUCGUUCUGAACGUCACACUGUGGCCAAAGUCCCAAGAAGAUAAAGAGCAGGUAGGGGCAAAUCGAAAC